GAUACGACAAUAACGUCACUUACCCUUGGAAGUUCAAGAUAAACCUGUAGCUUUUCGAGCUUACGCUGUUUAUAGCGAUCAUAGUAUUUCGCACGAGGGCCUUCCCCCAUGCGGUCCUUCCACUAUUUCGCCCUGUGACUCUCAGUGAUAUCCGAUUCCAGCCGCCCUCGCAGGACGCCUAUCCACCUAUCCGCCUAUCCGUCGGCCGCGCAACUUUUGAAACUUGUUGAAUGCCCCGUGCUUCGUGAUAAGUCAAUUCCGGGCUCCGAUCUGUCUGGGCUCGCUCCCUCGGUCCGUCGCAGUGUCUUGUGCUUUAAUUGAUUAUCCUCGCGAAACCCCGUGACCCGCGCUUUUCGUUAUCGUUUUCGAACUCCUUUUAUCAAAGCGCCAUCGUCAGUGAUCUUCCUUUGUUAAGUUCGCUCUCUGAGGAUUCGUUUUAUUUAUGUUUUCAACCUGAGCACCGUUCAAUAAUGCGGAUAUGCUGCGCCAAACAACGAGGGUGAAAAGGAAAAGCGAGAGGGGCGAUGGGCGCGGGUGAGAGGGAGAGGGGGCGGGGCGGCGGCUGAGGAGGAGGUGGAGCGGGAUGACGUAGGCGCGGUACGAGGACGAGGCGGGAUGCUGAGCCCGAAGAUCCAGCGGGGCAUCCGCGUCAACGAGAGUCAACUCCUCAUGCUGGCCGACAAGGCGCGCCUCGACAACUCCCUCCAGGGACACCUCUACAAGCGCACCGCCAACAACACCCGCUGGCAGCUCCGCUGGUUCGUCCUCUAUCAGAACCUGUUAUUCUAUUAUGAUAACGAGGCUAGUGAAAGACCUGCGGGCAUAAUUCUAUUAGAGGGCUGUUAUUGUCAGAAACAAAUCAGCACGGACAAAGGCAAGCAAAUUUCUGACAAGCAGCUCAUUUUUUCGGUGUCUUACCGCGCAGACAAUCAAAGGCACUACGAACUGAGGGCUUCCACAGAGUCGGACUGUAAGACAUGGAUACAAGCUAUUGAGGCGGCCAGUUUUAACAAACUGUUACAAGAGAAGGAAGAGUUGGAGCAGAAACACUUACAUCUACUCCAAAUCGUCGAAAGUGAGAAAACGGAGAAAUGGCAGUUUUACGUUCAGUGCGAAGAAAUUCAACUGGAAAACAAGGAGCUCAAAGCCGAGUUGCGUGCGGUGAAGAAGGAGCGGGACCUCUUGUCGAAGCACAACACGGCGAUGAUGGGCGCCAAGCCGGGGCUCAACAGGGUAAUCUCGAGCGAGAGCGCCGACUCCAACACCGACACCGACAAUCAAGAUAACUUAGAUUUAUGGAAAAUUAAAAAGGUACAGAGCUUUUUUCGCGGCUGGCUCUGCCGACGCCGCUGGAAGCAAAUUGUCGAGCAAUACAUCAAAAGCCCUCACGCCGAGAGCAUGCGGAAAAGGAACAGUUUGGUUUUCCGAAUGGUUGAGGCAGAGGAGGAAUACGUGGAGCAGAUGGAGACUCUGGUGGCUUGUUUCCUGCGACCCUUCAAAAUGGCGGCCAGCUCGAAAAAACCGCCGUGCACUCACGAGGACGUCAACUCGAUUUUCCUCAACAGCGAAACGGUGCUCUUCCUCCACCAGAUAUUUUUGAAAGGAUUGACUUCUCGCAUGGAGAGUUGGCCAACACUGGUUUUGGCAGGUGAUUUAUUUGAUAUGUUGCUGCCAAUGCUGAAUAUAUAUCAAGAAUACGUUCGAAAUCAUCACUUCUCGUUGCAAGUGUUGACCGAGUGUAAACAAUCACCGCAGUUUGCUGCCCUCUUAGAUCGGCUGGAGAACAAGCCAGCUUGCCAAGGCCGAUCUUUGGAAUUCUUCCUCACCUACCCGAUGCAUCAGGUUCCUCGUUACAUUAUAACUUUGCACGAACUUCUUGCUCACACACCGCACGAUCACGUGGAAAGAAAGAGUUUACAGAACGCGCAACAGCAACUGGAAGAUUUGUCCAGGCAGAUGCAUGAUGAAGUAAGCGAAACAGAGAAUCUGAGGAAAAACUUAGCUGUAGAAAGGAUGAUUGUCGAAGGCUGUGAUAUUUUGCUAGAUGUCAAUCAAGUUUUUGUCCGACAAGGUAGCUUAAUCCAAAUACCAACAGACAAGGAGAAAAGUUAUUUGAGUCGGAUUGCUCAUUUUAAGUCAGAAAAAGAAGCAAUAUGCCAGUGUUUUCUAUUUUCAAAUCACAUGAUUCUCACUAGAAGAGCAUCGAAUGGCCGUCUGCACUUACUACCGGAUGUUGGGAGGAUUCCCCUCACAGACGCCAUCUUGAUCGAGGAUCCGUCUGAACACGAGCUUAAUAAAGAAGACAAUGGGGCUACGCACUCAAGUCCUAGCCACGCGGCAGGUGGGAGCGAGGACAUAUCAAAAUCACCGUUGCACAAUCAUGACUUCAAACUAAUUUUAGACUCAAAGACUGGAAACAAUUCAUUUACUCUUCAUUUAGUUGCUCCAUCGAUGCAAGAAAAGCAAGCAUGGAUCAGUGAUAUUAGUCAAUGUAUCGAUAAUGUUCAUUUCAAUGAUUUGCUUUACAAUUCACUAUCCGACACAUCUUCCGUGACGAUGCCUCAGUCCAUGAAAAACGAUCCAAAACUAUUCAAGAACGACAAAGACAUCAGAUUUAGCCGCACGUUAAAUUCAUGUAGGGUACCUCAAAUUACUUACGCAACUCCUCAAAAGUUGCUAGAAAGGUUAACGGACUUAAGGUUCCUGUCAAUAGAUUUUUUAAAUACAUUUCUGCUGACGUAUCGAGUUUUCACCGAUGGCGUCGCAGUGUUAGAGGCUUUGAAGAAGGUGUUCUACACAGCGGAUCCGCCCGACAGUGACACUAACGUCGCAGGCUCCAUCAUGUCUUUGGAGGGAUACGCAGGUGCGGAUGAGAACAUGUCAUGUCUACAACUGCGCGACCCGUCAGAACGGCGUCGCAGUAGUUGCAUCUCUCCACGCAGAGUCAGUGGCGCCAGCUCUGUCUCAGGUCUCUCAGGAUAUGGCUCCGAGAGUGACAAAGACCGUAGUGCUAGUUACGAUUCUCAAGGUUAUUCGAAGAUACCAAGGAAGCAAAGUUUCUGUCGAUUCGACGAAAUCAAGGAAAGUUGCCAACAGUCGAGCUUCACGAGUCCGACUCAAUCGCCUCGUCGAAAAGUGAGCAUCCGCGUGGAACAAGCCGACCAGCAGACCCACCUCACACCACCCACCAUAACCACGUCUGCCAGCAAUGAAACUCUUAUAGACGGUGUCCCUCGGAGCUCCUCCUCCUCGCCAAGCAACGUGAGUUCGGUGACGUUGGUGGGCUCGAACGGCAGCACGAGCAACUUGAGCAGCGUGACCCUGGUGCCCUCCGCGGAGAGCCCGGUCGACUCGAAGCCCGGCGACCCGCAGACCUCCAUCUCCUCCUCGAGCUUAUACACCGCCGCCUCCUCCUCCUCCACCCACCAGGACCCCGUCUCCACCCAGCCGGUCAUCAAAGAGUGCUUCCCGAAAAAGUCCGAGAACUGCCUCUCGCCCAAGGUCACGAAAACCAAGAAGGGGACACACAACGUCGACCCCAGUGUAAAUAGUGUACGCAAGCAAUCCGUCAACCUACAUCUCACGUCCGUCGGACAAACCGGCUCCAACUUCCAUCUGGGUGACGGGCAAGGAGUGGACUACCGGAGACGAGCUUCUGAGAGCGUGGUGAGCGGGCAUCCGAACUACCUCUCCGGCGCCGGCGCCAAACAGAGCAUCGUCGUCGAGGACACCAGCAGUGAUGCCGAGGACAACCGCUGCUUCGAAAACUGGCAGGCCUCCACCUCUUCCAACUCUCGAUCCGGCUCAAUCAUGAGCACCACCUUCACAGGUCACCACGGUCGGAGAUCUGUUCCGUCCGAAUACGACGGGAACCCGUCUCAACGGCCCAGCAUUCAACACGACUCCCCUCAACACUCAACAAAAUCGGGAGUCGUCAUCACGUCAUUUAGGCAGUCUCAACGCCGAAGCAGUAUCUCCACAGCUGCGUCGGCCUUCGCGAUAGCCACGUCGGGGGCGAGCAACCCUCGGGACGUGAGCCCCAUGUCCAAAGCCGAGCAGAACCGGAUCGGGAGUUGUCGCAACAAGCGGAAGGAGUCCGUCCUCUCCACCGCGGCCACCAUGCGCGUCCUCAAUGUUCUCCGACACUGGAUAUCCAAACAUCCCCAGGAUUUCGAGGGUGAUGGGUCGCUGAAAGAACUUUCGUUACAAUUUUUGGAAGAUAUUUUAUCGGGCCCAAAUUUGCUACCGGCUGAACACAAAGCCGCCACACACCUACAACGGCUCCUAACCAAGGAAGACAAUGAAACCAAAACGGUCGACUUAAACGCUCUUCUCACUGUUCCUCCAAACUCCAGCAGGGAAACGAUUGAGUCCUUGUCAGCACUGGAGAUAGCUGAGCAAAUGACGUACCUGGAUCAUCAAAUUUUCGUGGCCAUCCGAUGCGAGGAAUUUCUCGGUCAAGCGUGGAUGAAAGAAGACAGAGCAACAAAAGCACCUCAUAUCACGCUAAUGACGAAACGUUUCAAUGAGGUUUCACAACUGGUCGUAUCUGAAAUUAUUCGUCGCCCCAGUGUGACAACACGGGUGGCAGCGAUUGAAAAAUGGGCUGCAGUUGCUGACAUUUCAAGAUGCCUACAUAACUUCAACGGCGUGCUCCAGAUAUGUGCAGCCUUCAAUAACAGCACUGUUUUCCGCUUGAGGAAAACUUGGGAGAAAGUCUCAAAAUCAAGUAAGCAAACGAUAGACAAGCUGCAGUCGAUCGUGUCAUCUGAUGGCCGAUUCCGUAACUUGCGCGACGCCCUGCAUAGGAGUGACCCUCCCUGCAUCCCGUAUCUCGGCAUCUACUUGACAGAUCUCUCGUUCCUGGAGGAAGGAACGCCAAAUUUCACCGAGGACGGUCUCCUUAAUUUCGCCAAAAUGCGAAUGAUCGCCCACGUGAUCCGGGAGAUCCGUCAUUUCCAACAAGUGCCGUACAAGAUCGAGCUGAUCCCGAAAGCGGCGCGCUACCUCCUUGACCCGGCUCUGCUCCUCGACGACGACGAACUCUACCGGAUAUCCCUGGAAAUAGAGCCGCGCACAUCGCGCUUAAGCUCUGCUGCGUUGACUGGUCUUCCUUUAACACAACCCUUGCAGACUCUUCGACCUUAAGCCCAUCAAUAGGUGCUCCUCCAUGAGUGUUACGUCACAGGAAAGCUCUGAAUCCUUACGUGGAAAGCUGGAAAUGGCUCUGUUUAAGAUUUACAUAACUUCACUUUCAUGUAGUUUACAUCAUUGCCCACGCGAGAAAAAAUAAUAAGAAUAAUAAAAAAGCAUACGGUGGUGACAUGAUGAUGGGGGUAUGAUUCCCCGUUACGAAACUUGUUUGUUAAUUUUUUAGAUACUUUAUCGCCAAAUUUUAUUGAGCACAUUUGAGUUUAUGAAAUUUUUUGUCAAUUUUCCAUUAAAAUAAUUAUGGACCGUUCAAGUGGCGUGGCGUGCUUUGCGAUAUA